AUGAACACUCUGGAAGACGUCCCGUUUGGAACGCCUCUGGGGUCACUGGGGCAGGAUGUCUACUUGAUGACUCCUCCAGACAUCUCCGUGCCUGACUGUGCUCGAAUAAUGCGGGAAACUCAGUACGGCUUCAAUCUGGAGAAGCUGAUAUUAACAGGUCAGCAGCCGUUCCAUCAGGCUCCAUCCUGCCCCCCCUACUGGCUGAUGUUCAGCGGCCCUCCUGAGUGCUACGGGGACACCCACAGGACCAGCGACCCUUGGGGCUCCAAACCUCGGCGCCGGAGUUACAGCCUGAAUUCCGCAGACGUCCACUGGCCACACCGUCGCUCUCUCGGCUUCCGCAGAUCCGACUCGGACGAAGAAGACGGCUACUGUGAGGACAACGAAGGCUCGUCCCCUGAAGAUGGUCCUCAGGAGGCCACCAAGGGCCGAGAGCGCCCGCGCACCGCCACCAUCUCCAGGAUCAAAGACACGCACCGAGGUCUUCCCGCCGAGUGCCGCAGGCCCGAGUUGUCACAGAAGAACCUGAAGAACCACAGAGGGGCCUUGACCUCUUCUGAGUACGGCCUCUACUCUCCAGGACCGAAGGCCACCAAGAAGAAGCAGCGUGCACAGAGCGCUGUGGGCAGAUUACACCCCCAAAACAAUCCGACGGCUGGGGCCCCUCCAGGAAGGGCGCAGCAGCAGCAGCGACCCUCUUCAGCAGGCCCGGUCAUCAGAAACCGCAGGCAUAAGGCUUUCAGGACUGGAGGAUUUCUCGACUCAGCAACGGAACUGCUGUCUGCUCUCAGCCAAGAAGAGAGGGAGCUGCUGGAGGCCGUCACGGACAAAGGAUACCCUCUCCGUACUGCUAUCCUGGCUCUCCAAAAGACUGGAUACAGCAGCCCUGACAAACUCUUAAAAUAUCUGGCAGCCUGCAACGGUCUGUGCGAGUUGGGUUAUGAUGAAGCUCAAGUUGAGGAGGCCUUGGAGAUGUUCCAGAACUGUGAGAGCAAGGCUGCAGAGUUUCUGCGCCUCCUGGCUCAGUUCAACGAGAUGGGCUUCCAGCAAAGUGCCAUCAAAGAAGUGCUGCUUGUUCAUGAAAAUCAUCGCGAAAGGGCUCUUGAAGAACUAAUGACCCGCUUGACCUAA